AACACCCACAGAAGAGAUAGAUGGAUGGAAAUCAGAAAAAAUAACUACCUUUACACCCUGUGGCUGAAUGUUGGUACAGUCUGUCUGGAUACCAGGUGUGAAAACUAUCUGGGACAUUCUUCUUCUCAUCCACAUUUCCACUCUUCCCUCUGAUUUUCUCUCCUCUUUUCACCUUAAGAAAAAAUAAAUCCAUAUUAGUCCAAGCAGCCCAAGGCUAAAGAUCUCCUGCUGAGCCCCUGAUGGCUGUGACAAGAACAUAGUUAAAUAUAUACUGUAGUAAAAAUAAUUAGUUAGGAUGUGUGGAGGGAUCCAGAUGUGACCUCUCAUUUAUUUCACACUCCAUUGCCUAAAAACAUUUUAAUGACACUUUUUUUUUUUUUACAUUAGAAAGGUUAUAUUCCUCUCCACAAAGCCAAUGGACAGGAGAGGUGUGAAAGAGCCUCGCUGACGUGCUUUGGAGACAAGCAGGUGUAAAGAGGCAUAAUGUGAAAGACAAACAUGUCCGCCUUCCUGUCUAUUUCUAAUCGAGGUGCAGUCGUCAUCCUGAAAUCAGUCUGAGAGAGGAGGACGAGGGACAGGAGCACGAGCACAACCUCCUGCUGAUCAGGUCGAGCCCUUUGUGUCCUGUCUUACGGUUGAACAUGCAUGCUCUGUGUACGUCUGUGCUGCUCUGCUCCCUUCUGCUCGGCUUCCUGCAUCCUACAGGAGCAGAGGAGAGCGAUGCAGCCAGCAGGAGGGAAGAGAGGCAGAAACGAAGCCCACCCUACUGGGGCCUGUGGUCGUCAGACUUUUUCGGGUGGUUGGAGGAGCUGCGGGCUCAGGCAGCUCACGAGGGGAUGCAGGACCUGGCUCGCACCUUCUGGGCUCACUUCCCCAUUGCCAACGAGCUGGGCUACGAUGGUCCCGAGUCUGACCCGCAGCCUGAGGAGUGAGGCAGAGGAGAGAGAGGGUGCAGAUUUAGGAGUCUGAGGGUGGGUCGAAGCUUUAACAUGUGUUCAGAUGUUUACAGAUUAGACGAUAAACAGGCUUGGAGACAUUUUAACCUUUGGGCUGUUGUUAUUUUGUAUGUAUAAAAACAAUAAUUGCAUUUUAUCCCCAUUUUUUUCUCUUUUCUUUUGAAUUUCUUAAACCCAAUCUGGAGAAAAGUGCUGAAGUGGUAACCCUUCCUUUUGACACAAAAAAAUAUAAAAAGGAAUACCAAAUAAGGAAAUGUUUACCAUUUUAAAUCUUUUAUGGGUUAUGUGUAAAUAGACGUAAAUAUUACACACUGCACCUUUAACUGUAAGAUCAUUUUGAAGCCGGACUGUUGUGUAUUAGACUGCAUUGGUUUGAGCUGGGUGUGUCUGAUAAAUUGGCAACUGACUGUAUUUUGCCAGCAAUACUUAUGUUCCUUUACUUAAGAAUAUGUCCAUGUCAAGGUAAUAAAACAAUAUUUAGUGUGUUUUAUUGAGCUGUUAAAGAAAACUGAGCUGAAACUAAAAACCUAAAUGUCUUCUUCAUCUUUUAGGUAAUAAAAAGCUUUUACUGCAGUCG